AUGCCGCUCGGCCGGAGUUCUCAAGCGGGGUGGUUGUGCAAACUGUGUCUGGCAGUGCAAGGAAACGGACUGCGAGCUGACAACAAGCCCAUAUGCAAGCAGAUGCCCAAGCCCGCGUCCCGAGCCGCCCGGGCCUGGAUGUUGGUUCAAGAACACGAGAUGGAUCCGGAUGUCGCCAUGGUGCAAAUCACGCUCGAACGAGGCCAGGAUUACAUUCGCCUGGCUGAGGAGUACAUCCGCGUCACGAUGGGGCAACCCUGCUCCCGACUGGGGUGGCGAUACGCCAAACUCGAGUCGCCGCACAUGAGCGUCGAGGAUGGCUCCAGAAAGACCCCUCGCCAGCGCCACGACUCUCGCCGUUUGACCGCUAAGGCUGUAGCAAAGAAGGCACUGCGGUCGGUCCGCUCUGCAAAGGGGACCACGCGAGCACCACGCAAGGGUGAUGAAGAGACAGGCAAGUUUGCACCCGACAAAGCCUGA